AACUUCAAUCGUUUGUCUGGUCUCGACAACGGCCAUCCUGGGUCCCUAGACAUUUUGCCAAAGUGUAGAAUUCUACGAGGCUAUUUCAUAUAACUCAUUUGUCUAUUUCGGGCAACAGAAAUAGAUCAUGGACUGGAGCAGUUUGCGGGAAACGGUGAGCAACCUUACGCUGUACGAUGUGAAGGCGGGCGUCCGCAAAGUCCAAAAUGCGGUUAUGAAUUACACCGAGAUUGAGGCCAAAGUUCGAGAAGCCACCAAUAAUGAGCCGUGGGGCGCAUCGUCGUCGCUCAUGCAAGAAAUUGCUAAUGCCACUUUUACCUACCAAGGUCUAAAUGAAGUUAUGCCUAUGAUAUACAAACGCUUCACUGAAAAGACUGCUGAGGAGUGGCGACAGAUAUAUAAGGCCCUCCAACUACUUGAAUUUUUGAUCAAAAAUGGCAGCGAGAGGGUCAUUGAUGAUGCUCGAUCACAUCUAUCACUGCUAAAGAUGCUCCGCCAGUUCCACUACAUCGAUAUGAAUGGCAAAGAUCAGGGUAUCAACGUGCGAAACAGAUCGAAAGAGUUGACUGAGUUACUCUCCGAUGUUGACAAGAUUCGUGCUGAGCGCAAGAAGGCACGCGCGAAUAGGAACAAGUAUAGUGGCUACGAAGGAGGAGGUGGCUUUGGCCUUGGUGGCAGUAGCGGACCUAGAAUGGGUGGCUUUGGUAACAAUAGCGGUGGUUCUGCGAAUUUUGGGGGCUUUAGUGGCGGUGUCUAUGGCGACGGUGGCGGCUUUGGUGGCCAAAGUGACAUGGAGUACCAGGAACCCACUGCAAGACGUGAAAAGUUUGAAGAAUACGACGAAUAUGACGAAGGUGCUGUUGCUGCUCCAGGAAAACGGCAGCAAGAUGGAAGCUCAAGCCCCGCACGUGCAAAACGGGAGACGAACAAGCCAGCAACAAAGUUGAAGGAGCCGGAAGAGGAUUUGUUCGACUUUGGAAAUGAACCCUCUACCAGCACAAAGACUUCCAAGGCACCUGCGUCUUCUACUCUGGGUGAAUUUGGAGCCACUGACGACGACGAGUUUGAUGAUUUCCAGUCGGCUGCCCCAGCAUCAACCACUGUACAGGCUGGACCUGGCAGUUCAAUCGCUAUUGCCCCUCCAGCUUCUAACUCUGCCUCAGCUACAGUGACACCACUGGCGCAACCUAAGCCCGUCUCUGGACUACAGAGUCAGAGUAUUAGCGGUUUGUUUGCAUCUGUCUCACCUCAACCAACAUCAACAUCUUCAUCGACAUUGGCACCGCUUUCUUCUUCUUCUGCAGCACCUUCCACCGCAUUUUCCGCAGCACAGAAACGGCCAUCACAGCCGGCUGGCUACCAAGCAACAGGGCCAAACUACUUCACGUCCGUUCCUGUCGCAGCGCAACAGCAAUCCUCAUCUGGUACAUCUACCCCAUUGUCAAUGGCAAACCUAGGCAAGCCUGCUGCGCCCACCUCCGCCAAGAGUACGGGUGGUGACGCGUUUGCCAAUCUUCUCGGUGGGGCUACGUCCAGGAAGAGUACUCCUGCGAAGGGUACGACCAUGGCCGACAUGGCGAGACAGAAGGCGAGCGCAGGCAUAUGGGGAGCUGGCGCAACAGGCACAUCUGCACAGUCUUCUGGUUCGUCAGCACAGCAACAAAAGCUUGGUGGUGGAUUAGAGGACUUGCUCGGCUGAAAGCACCUAGAAUUGCAGUGUGUAUGGCUUCAGAUUUGCAAAACUAUGACGGGUUGGAGAAGCCUUGGCCAUGACAGUGCGUUUGCAUGUACCAGUGAGCAUGGGUGGCUUAUGUUGAAAAUGUAAUCGACAUUUGUUUGGCCGAUCGUGUGAUGCUUUAGCGUUUUGUCACGAGAUGAUAGUCGUGACAUGGAACAUGAAAACUUAGCUCGUGUAUAGGGAAUCGGAAUGAAAGAGAGAGUAUAUCGAGGUUCUGAGGAUCUUUAUGGACCAGUUGCCAUCAUAAGAGUGAUGUAAACAUCGUUAGUCUGACAAAUGCG